AUGAUGAGUUAUGGAGUCCCAGAUUACUGCAAGUCUCCACUAAAUUUCCAGCAAGUCAAGUCAUGUCAUUACUUUGAUCAAACAGUGUGCUUCCGAGGCAACCUCAAGAUGAUUCUAUUGAAGAUUUGUACAUUUCUUGCACUGUUCCUGCCCCGAGGCACGUAUCAGUACUGCACAACAGGCACCCCCAAGGAGUGUCUUCAGGCAGAGAUGGCUCCAGGUACCAAUCUGGCCGGGGAAGGCUUCGAUAUCACAGAGAUGAAGCGCAAAAGAGCGUUUGUUCUCGACAUGAAUCGUUGGAAACGCAAAGACAAAACAUGUACCCUGUGCAGCAAUCUCUUCCUGGAGAACGUGAAGCAAAAGAUUCCCCUGUCCGUGUUGGACUGGAGGGCAGUGCAUUCUUGCAACUUCAAGGUGGCCAGCACCAUUCAUCGGUCAAGUGAGGCUUUGGUCGACUCCGUCUCCUCUACAGUGGAAAACGACUGGAAAUACGGUCUGGAAUUGGAUGUUAAGAAAUACGCGGCAAAAGUCAUGCUGGCUGGCACCAAAUCAAAAAUGGCCCAGUAUGCAAUGGAGAAAUCAAAGAGUGACAAGUACAACUUCGCCAGCCAAACAAUCUCCUGCGAGUACUACAGCUACCGAGUGUCCAACAAGGCUAAACUGCAGAGUGAAUUUCGAAAGGCAUUAGAGGAGCUCCCAAAGACCUACAGCCCUCAAUACAAGCAACGUUAUUACAGACUGAUCGGCGACUUUGGCACCCAUUACAUCAGAAAGGUGAAACUGGGAGGGUCUGUCCAGUCCGUGACCAGCAUCAAGCAGUGCCAGGCAAGCCUGCAGGGCCUCAACGCGGACGAGGUGAAUAUGUGCCUGGAGGCCGAGGCUUCCCUCACCAUCGGAGCGACUGUAGAAACUCAGUCCAAACACUGCAAGAGCGACAUCGACAAGACAGAGAGAAAGGCAGAGUUCUCCAGCCUCUUUAAUGACAGGCUGACAGAUGUAAAGGGAGGUCGCACAACAGAAAUGGACCUCCUGUUCUCUGCCAAAAAAGAUCCAUCCUCCUACAAGGAAUGGCUCAACACGUUGCCUCACUAUCCCGACAUUAUAUCGUAUUCCCUGGAGUCCCUGCAUGAGCUGGUGCCGACUAACAGUCCUGUUCGAAAGAACCUGCGCUUGGCCAUAAGCCACUACAUCUUGGAGCGCACUCUGAUGAGGAACUGCAGCGGGAGCUGUCGGGCCGGCAUCAACAGCGAUUCCCAGGACCCCUGCGUCUGCCAGUGCCACAACGAACAUGCCGUAAACACGGACUGCUGUCCAACCCGUAAGGGCAUGGCCCGCGUCAUCAUCACCAUCCAACGGGCCUCGCGUCUUUGGGGCGAUCAUGACACGGCCACUGAUGGCUACGUCAAGGUGAUUUUCAACAAACGAGAGCAGCGUUCGCCCGUCAUUUACAACAACAACAACCCCCGUUGGGGCACUGUCGUGGACCUGGGCACUCAGGACUUGUCAGUGGAACCGAAAGUCACAUUUGAGGUUUGGGAUCAGGACAAUAACUGGGAUGACGAUCUUCUGGGAAAAUGCGAGCAAGUAUUGACGGCAGGCGUGAAGACGGAUGUGUGCGCCAUGAAGCACGGAAGGUUUUUCUACAAGUGGGAUGUGAAAUGUGCACCCAGUCUGGGCGGCAGGUCGUGCACCACCUACGAGCCUUCACCUAUGAGUCAAAAUUUGAUGAGCUUGUACGUGUCCCGCCAUGCUCAUCCUGUUCCACAAGCUACCCUGCGGAAGAUGGGCGUUUUUGUGAACGGUUGGAGCACAAAGACAAACCGGAGUCUCAAUGAUGUGCUUUAAACAAGCAAAUUAGAAAAACCAACAAGAGUUUGACAGCAAUUAAAGCAGAUUUUUGCCAA